AUGGGAUUCUCCAGGCCAGAAUACUGGAGUGGGUUGCCGUUUCCUUCUCCAGGGGAUCUUGCCCAGCCAGGGAUCGAACCUGCGUCUCCUGCAUUGGUGGGCGGAUUCUUUACCACCGAGCCACGUGGGAAGGCCGUUUCACUCUGCGUGAGCUCUAUUUCACAGCAGGGGAACCAGGACCAUAGAGGACCCUGCCAGCCUCACACAGACAGGGAGCAGGGCCAGGAUGUUCCCAGGCACGUCUGGAUGGUGAGCCCACACAUUCAUCACCACCCCACAGGGCCCACCCAGCGCAGCGGCAGGUGGUUGGCAUGUGGGAUCUUACCUCCCCAAUCAGAGAUCAAACCAGCACCACCUGCAUUGGAAGCUGACGUCCUGACCACUGGACCACCAGGGAAGCCCCUCAUAUAA